GGGCGGGGCUUUUUGUUCUGCACCAUGGCGACGGGGACGCUACAAUCACCGCUUAUUUUCCUCUGCUUUUUCCUCAUAUUAUUGCAGUUUAACCCGUUUUUCUGCGAGCAGUUCUCUAUAUCUUUCUCUCAGCCGGCGGACUGCGGUCCCGGGGGGUAUUUCGAUAUAUCCAGUUUAUCCUGCGCGAAGUGUGGAGCGAAUCAAAUCAGCGGGAAAUCAGGGUUGAGCUGCGUGUGUCAGACAGGUUUCAAGGUGCUAACCAGCAAUGGAAGAUCAGUCACCUGUCAAAAGUGCCCUGACUCAAAACCGGGUGUUAGUCAGGAUGGUUACGAGUGUAUCCAGUGUCCAAGCGCUGUGGGGGAGGAUGGUAAAUGUCAGUGUCCUGAAGGAAAAAUCCUGGUGGAAAGAAAUGUGAGCGGGUCUCUUCUACAAGAAGCUGUAUGUGAGGCCUGCAUUGGAACAGAACCAGACUUUUCUGCCCCAGAUGCCAAAGGCAACAGGUGUGUGAGAUGUCAAGACUCCUUCAUCAACACCACUCAGUCAUGUGUGUGUGGGUCCCCGAACAUCCCGGCUGGGGGAAUGUGUUUCCCUCCUGAGAAACUACCUGGUACAGUUGUGUCCACUGUCAGCUUUGCUCAGCUGGGUCUUUCUGUUCCUUCUGCGUGGUUCUAUGGUUUCCUCUAUUCUUCUGCAGCUGCAUGUCUGCUCUUUACUAAUCUGACAGCUUGUCAGGCUCUGGGGAAUAUGUGUGUGCUGAACAUGCACUCCACAAGUAGCACUGGCAAUGACGCCUGCGGCCUCUACAACACCAUCUACAGAGCUACCGCAGCCCAGGGCAACAGCCAGAACAUCCCCUACUGGAGGACUAACUUACCCUGGUUGUAUUACGGAGACCAGCCAGGACUGGCAUCAAGAGUUCUGCAGUCUGAGCCGCUGCCAGUGCCCUUCAGCUUUAAAGGUGCAAAUAAGAACACCAAUAUCGAGCUGCUGGCUGCAGUUUACACAGUGCAGGGAGAGUUUCUCAGAUGGGAAAAUGUCAGAGGAGGGAUCUUGCAGCUUUGUCCAGACACUGUAACAAGACAACAGGCUGCUUAUACCUUUGGGACGGCCUACAAGCAGAAUUGUGUCCUCUCCGUGUCUGACCUCCUGUCUGGUCAGUCAGAGCCUCUGUUCUUUGACAUCUUCCUGGUCCAGCAGAAGACUGCAGGAGAUAGACGUCUGCUGGCAGUUCCUGUGCUGAACCUCAAUCUGCAGUUCAACGGCCAGUUUGUCAACCAAGCUUCUAACUUGAAUAACUGGUACCUCACACAAAGAUUGAUGCUGAUUGACACCUUAAGUGGUAGAGAGAAGAGUCUGAGCUCCACACCCCGAGUCAUACGUGUGGCCUCUAACCUAAAGAUAAGAUUCCAGCUGGUGCCAAACACCCAGAAAGGAGAGGUGUACCCCCCUCUGAUGAGUGUGUCCUACUCUGACAUUCUCAUAACUGAUCCAGCCACACAAACCGUAGCUGUCUCGUUCUCUGUGGAGUAUGAAAUGGACCAAAAUGAAGCUCGAGUCAAAACUGAUAUUGCUCUGGGUGUACUGGGCGGAGUGGCUGUAGUGUUCUCUUUACUGAAGACAGCGAGCUGGAAAAGAAGAAUUUCUUCUCCUCUUAUUGAUGUGCAGACUAUUCUGAAGUUUCUGCUGAUCUAUGCUGGAGACCUGGCGAGCGUUUUCUUUGUCAUCACUGUGGGAACUGGACUCUACUGGGUAAUCUUCUACAAGGCUCAGCAGUUUGUGUCUGUGUUGUUGCCGUUGCCGGUUCAGGAGGAGCGCUUUGUGACAUACGUUGGCUGUGCUUUUGCACUCAAGGCAGUACAUUUCCUUCAUAAACUCUUUGAGCAGUUAUCAGUGGACGUUUUCUUUAUUGACUGGGAGAGACCACGUGGCAAGUCUACUAAAUCUGUAGAAGUCACUGGUGAAGGAAAAACUUCAGCAGCCCCUGUCAGUAUCUGGAGGACGUACUUUGUGGCGAAUGAGUGGAAUGAGAUUCAGACCAUCCGUAAGAUCAGCCCCACUUUCCAGAUCAUGGCUGUGCUUUUCUUCCUGGAGGUGGUGGGUUUCUCCAGUCUGGCUUUGAGAGACAACUCAUCGGAACUCCAGCGCUCUGCUGAAGCAUACACUCCAGCCUACAGCCGCAUACUACGCUAUGGUAUUGCCUCCACCAUGUGGCUCUGCAUUGGUUUCAUACAGUUGAUGUUCUUCUCAGUGUUUCAUGAGCGCUUUGUUGAAGACAAGAUCCGACAGUUUGUGGACCUCUGCUCCAUCAGCAACAUUUCAGUGCUGCUGUUUUCUCACCAAUGUUAUGGCUACUACAUUCACGGGCGUUCUGUUCACGGCCACGCCGACACCAACAUGGAGGAGAUGAAUUCUAAUCUGAAGAGAGAGGCGGAAAAUCUGUGUGGGCAGAGAGGGCUGUUGCCGAAUUCUGACAUUCAGACAUUUGAGAUUUCCAUAACCAGCCGCCUGCGGGCGCAGUAUGACCGCAUACUGGAGCCUCUCAGCAGAAGACACGGGCCUUCACGAUUGGUUGACGCCUCAGCUAAUCCGUUUGAGCAAAGCACAAAAGCGUACCACACCAUGAACCGCUUCCUCGGCUCUGUUAUCGAUCACGCUCAUCGUGAGAUGGAUUAUAUAGUGAAAGACAAGCUGCUGUUUGAAAGGCUUAUUGGAAUGGAGUUCAUUGAGCCCAUGGACAAAAGCAUAUUUUACAAUGAUGACUCGUACUCCUUCUCUGAUGUGCUGUUCUAUGGGAAUGAAUCGACACUGUUGGUUUUUGACACUCUGUUCUUUUGUGUGGUGGACAUAGGAAGCCAGAGCUUUGUUCUGGCAUCUGUACUUACUUACCUACAGCAAAUGAUCUUUAGGGUAAUCCGAAACGUGUUGGGCCGCAGGAACCUGGUCACAAAAACACUAGUGGACAGAAGAUUCCUCUUCUAAAUAUCUCACUAUUUUCUUUUUCUUUCUCUUUCUUGUCUUAACAUGUUUUUUUACUGCUACAUCUUAUUUGCCAACUUAGAUUCUGAAUUGAGUCGCGUUUUGUAAGUUUGUAUUCCGCCUUGUAUUUUUCAGCAGGAUUUUUUCAUCCUGUAAAAAGGGCAGCUCAGUAUAUUUUGUGUGGGAAACAAGAUUCAGUAUUUUUGUACACUGUAAUGGACAAUUUUGUACACUGUGUGAAUGUUAUAUUGUAUAUGAAUGGCCUAGUUAGUUUCAGUUUUUUAAUUUAUUUUUCAUAGGAAAGGGUCAAACUGUGCUUAAGGCUUGUAAAUCAGUUUAAAUCAGUCUGUGUCAGUUUUAAGAUGUAUAUGGAGACGAAAUGCCAAAUACAAUGCUUGAUUUAAAA